AUGCGGGCCUCGGCGUCGGCGGCGGCACUGCUGCUCCUGCCGUGGAUGCUGCUGCUGCAUGCGGAAGCCGCGGGCAACGGGAGCUGCGCGCGGACCUGCGGGGCCUUGACGGUGCAGUACCCGUUCGGCUUCUCCCCCGGCUGCGAGAUACCGCUCGGGUGCGAGGACCAGGCGAACGGCACCGCGUGGCUCGGGGAGACGCGCGAGCUGGGCCUGCUGGCGCACAACGUCACGGCGCGCGCCGUCGUCCUCGCCGUGCCCCCGGACGGCGACAGGUACCUCGACAGGUCGUCCCGGUGCAACACCACCACCGAGCCCAUCCGCUGCGUCGACCACCAGUCGUACCUUGACAGCAUUCUUAGGAAAUGUGGACUAUCAAAUAAGAUGCCAUACAUAAAGGAGUAUGGUAGCAAGGCUGAUGCAAAGCCUCUGGCAGAUAUUAUCGAGAUGUCGCCACAAAUGCUUCUGGAAUGCUUGAAGGCAUUCUAUGGCAUUGUGACUGGAACAGAAGGUUCCUUGCCUGAAUUUGAGCAACUGCAUGUUCCAAGGUUACGUUCAGAUGCCUGCUAUGGUUUGGCAAGAGCUCUAGCAGAAUCUUAUGAGCUCAUUUACAGUGCAGUGAUGGAUCCAAAUAACAGUUAUCCUGACCAAAGGUCGUUGGUUAAGCACUCUCCUGAACAGAUAAGAACUAUACUGGAAAUCUGA